UUAUCUUUUUUUACAAUAUACAACAUAGUUUCAUUCAUAAGUUCUUAAAUGUGAAAUAUCUGCACAUGUGUUUUACGUCAACAUAUUUAUUUUAUUCAACUGAUUAGGACAAUUACGAGUAAAAUGGGUUUAACAAAACAAUAUCUGAGAUAUGUGCCAGCAGGUAAUGCAAAUAUAAUUGCAAGCCCACGUUGCAAUGUUGUAUUUGUGACCUUGGAAGAUCAAGAAGGUAGAUUUGUUGCCGCUGCUGCAUGUGAACAUGUAUACAUUUGGGAUUUACGGCUUGGAGAGAAAGCACAAGUGCUAUCUGGAGAUAAGAUAUGUGUAACACGUCUAGCUGCAUCACCCAAUAAAAGGAAUAUUGCUGUUGGUUAUGCAGAUGGCACAGUAAAGAUCUUUGAUUUAAUUUCUGGCGAAAAUGUUAGCGUAUUUGUAGGACAUAAAUCUGAAAUAACAGCACUAGCAUAUGAUGCUUUAGGACAUAGAUUAGCGACUGGUUCUAAGGAUACCGAUAUCAUUAUCUGGGAUGUUGUAGCUGAAACAGGAAUAUGUCGGUUAACUGGGCACAAAGGUGUCAUAACUAAAUUAGUAUUCAAAGAGCAUAACAUUAUUAUCAGCAGCAGCAAAGAUACAUUUGUAAAAUUUUGGGAUUUAGACGAACAUAACUUCAAAACUCUUAUUGGACAUAGAUCAGAAGUUUGGAGCAUGGUUCUAAUGAAGGAUGAUCAAUAUUUAAUAACAGGAUGCAAUGAUAAAGAAUUACAUAUCUGGAAAAUAACUUUUCUUGAUAACAAAAGUAUUGAACUUGAUGCUGCUGUAAGAUUGGAUCUCAAUGAAGAGAAUGAGGAAAGCAUGGAUGUGGAUAUGAAAUAUCCUAUAAAAUGCAAGAAAAUUGGAGGUAUACUAAGAAAUAGUAAUAGUCGAGUUAUUUCGUUAGAAGUUGACUCCACCUGCAAAGUUCUUGGAUGUCAUGGAGUAGGAAAUUCUAUAGAAUUGUUUUAUCUAUUACCUGAUGACAAAAUAAAGGAUAAAAUUGCAAAAAGAUUGAAAAAAAAGAAACGACAAGCUCAGCAAGAAGGGAAAGAUAUAGAAGAAGAGCUAUCAAAUGCACCAUUACUCAAGGAUGAGCUAAAGCGAUUACUUGCCAUUCAAGCAUCUGGUAAAGCAAAAGGACUUGAUUUAAUUAUGGGGAAAGGAAUGAACUUAGAGUUAGUAUGCAUUGGAGUGAAUAACAAUUCAAUCGAAUUACAUUCUUUAUAUGUAGAAGAGAAAAAUCCUGAAGUAAAGCUUUUACGUUCAAUAAUGACACAUGGGCAUCGUACAGAUGUCCGAGCUAUUUGUUUUAGCUCUGAUAAUUUGGCAUUUGCUACUGCUAGUGGAGAUUCUGUUAAAUUAUGGAACAGGCCUACAUUGGCAUGUUUACGUACAGUGGAAUGUGGGUAUGCUUUGACAAUAACAUUUGUGCCAGGUGAUAGACAUCUGAUUGUUGGUUUAAAAAAUGGUAAAAUGCUUAUUAUUGAUAUCGCAUCUGGCGAUAUUUUAGAAGAAGUAGAUGCGCAUUCCAAGGAGCUUUGGAGCGUAACAUUAUUUCCUGAUUUGAAAGGGGUUGCUAGCGGUAGUAGUGAUCGAACGGUAAAGUUUUGGAACUUUGAACUUAUUCAAGAUUCCGAUAAUCAGAUAAAAGCAAAGGUUCUUUCUGUUUUACAUUCAAGAACGCUCAAGCUUGAAGAAAGCGUAUUAUGCGUAAGAAUAAGUCCGAACAGCAGAUUUGUUGCUGUUUCUCUAUUGAACUCUACCAUUAAAAUCUUCUUCUUAUUUUUAUUCUAGUUCUUUAUAUCACUUUACGGACACAAGUUACCAGCUUUGUGCAUGGAUAUAUCUAGCGACUCUACGCUCAUAGCAACUGGUUCCGCCGAUCGCAACGUUAAGAUUUGGGGUCUGGAUUAUGGAGAUUGCCACAAAUCCAUAUUUGCGCACGACGAUUAUACGGGCCUUUCGUUCGUACCUAAAACACAUUAUUUCUUUACAUCUGGAAAAGAUGGAAAAAUAAAACAGUGGGAUGCCGAUAUAUUUCGAAAGAUCGUCACGUUACAAGGUCAUGUUGGAGAAAGUUGGAGUUGUUGUGUUUCACCCAACGAUUUUGUCGGUUCGUGUGGUUCUGAUAAAGUAGUUCGAUUAUACGAAAGGUCUGAAGAACCAUUAGUAUUAGAAGAUGAAGCGGAAGAAGAAAGAGAACAACAGGAAAACGAGCUAGUCACUGGUGAAACCACUACAGUGUUAGGGCAGAAACAACAAGUGUUGCCUUCUAGAAAGACUGUUAACAGUGAAAAGGCUGCUGAAUUGAUACUGGAAUGUUUGGAAGUGUCCAAACAAUACGAAAUAGAAUUGAAAGGAGCUGUUUCUGCUGAUAAAACACCACCUCUUCCUCUGCUAAUGCAAGCUUACAAUUGUACAAACACAGAAGACUUCUUACUGGAAACUUUUAAGCGCGUUAGGGCUAGUGAAUUGGAAGAAACAUUACUGUUAUUACCGUAUUCUGCAGCUUGUGAUAUUCUACAGAAACUUCCUAACUUGUUGAAUAGAGAUUAUCAUGCUGAAUUAUUAGCCAGAUUAGCUUUGUUUAUACAAGCACAUUACGGACCAAUAGUAACCAAUAAAAAUCUUUUGCCCACAUUAGAGAGUGUGAAGAAGCUCGCUGUAGAAAGGAUAUCCAUUUUGAGAGAUACUAUUGGAUUUAAUUUGCAUGGUAUGAUGCACACGCAACGCAUUCUCGAGGAACAAGAAGGAAUCAAAUUCUUUAGAGAUGCCAGUAAGAAUAGUGAACACAAGAAGAAAAUUAAAAGAAACAAAGAAAAAGCUUUGAAGAGGGCGAUUAUGAACCUGUAAAUGUGAAAAACUUUGUUACAUAUAUACAUAAAUAAAAUAAAAACUUUCAUACA